GACGGAUAACCUGAGCCAUGGAUGCAGAGCAGAAACCCCCCGCCGAUCAGGGAGCGCAGCUUCUGGACAUCGGCUCCAACUUGCCCCCGCCUGGAGCCAAAGGUGAGGAGGAAACCGGCCAGCAGGGGAAGCCACCGUACUCGUACGUGGCUCUCAUCGCCAUGGCCAUCAAGGACAGCCACGACAAGAGACAGACGCUCAGCGGGAUAUACGACUACAUCAUCUCCAAGUUCCCCUACUACGAGAAGAACAAAAAAGGGUGGCAAAACAGCAUAAGACACAAUUUGUCUCUGAAUGAGUGCUUCGUCAAAAUGCCCAGAGAUUACGGAAGGGACAGGAAAGGCAACUAUUGGAUGCUGGACCCCGCGUUUGAGGAUAUGUUUGACAAGGGGAACUACCGGCGGCGGAGGAGGGUGAGGAGACCCUACAGACCCCCAAGCAUGCCUGCUCUGACCGGGAACUCCGCGGACUAUCCCGAGCCGCUCUACCUGCAGCCUUAUGUGGGCGGCUCCUGGAGUCUGUCCCAUCAGACAACGUACCCGACCCCGCAGGUCAUGACCGGGCAAACCCGCAGCGUGUCCCCGAGCGGCCCGGUGAGUUCGUACUGCUCGCCCUCCCACUUCCAUCACUCUCCGUACGGCGCGUACCACCGACACCCGCCCUUGCUGGUACCGCACAGCGGGUGUCCCUACGGCGCAGUGACCCGGCCGGUGAGCCCCGGCGGAGGCUCUGUUUCGGUGGCGUGUAACUACCAACAGCUCACCACCUACGCGAGGCAAGCAGAGGCGCCGCGAGCGUACUCAUAUGAUCAGUAGGGGGAUGAGCUUCUGACCGCUGACAGCCGGUUCACUGACCCAGGGUUCAUCUGUUUCACUGGGGCUGUCGCCGCACUUGUCAGACAACGUUGCCUGAUGUUUGUUGGUUUGUUCAGGUAUAGAACUUAUUGCUUAAUUAACUGUUUAAUAAGUUGUCGGUUCAGUUCAUCGAGAGGCCUCAGUUCCAAAUGCCAAGGAAUUUCUGUCAGUGACGUCAACGUUUCUCAUCGCAUUGUGUUUCAUCGGAAGACCGUUGAUUUGAGUCUGAUGCUUAGUUAAUGCCUCUUUUGUUGAAGAAUUAUUAUUUUUUUUGCUUUAAAAAAAAAAAAAUCUUACUUUUGAAUAAACUUUUUGGUAAUUACGUUAUUUAUUUAUUUUCGCUGGAUUAAUCCAAUUGUCCGUGCUGCUAUGCAGCCGCUGGGGACAUGAACACACUGGUGACUUUUCC